CGCGUGCGUGUGUGUGUGCCUGCCCAUUUCUAAAUCGGGGUGCCUCCUGGAUUCGCAUAAGCACUCUAUUCACUGCCUGCGAGCAAGUAAUUGUCAUUCGCCACCAUUGGGCAGGCACAGCACACUGCACUGACAUAAUAAGGCUAUUGAGGAGAUUGUAUUUUGUCAAGACAAGAGAAAAGCUUGAAGAGCGCCUCCCAAUGAGUCAGGCCGGAGGCCAUGUGACUCCUCAAAGGGCUUCAGGGAUUGGUUGAGCCUGCCUAUGACCUCAGCAAGAUGCCUCGGCCCCUCCUCAACACAACCACCCGCCUCCUCCCGAACACACAUGCACACUAAACUCCCUCCCACCCUCUCAGCCUCUCGCUGUCUAUUUCUCUUCUCUGGUUCUUUCCCCCAGUUAGCUUUUCCCCUCCUCUAAGCAUCCUCUGCUGAACGUGUAGGUUAGAGCCGCAGUCGCAGCAGAGGCAGGCCCUGCAAUAGCAGCAUCCGAGGAUUAAAACCCUAGCUCGUAUUAUCUGCAGCUAGUCUGACCAGGCCCCAACCCCUCCCCUCUCUCUCUCUCUUUGUAUCUCUCUAUGUCUGGCCCUUUCUCCAGCUUUGGCCAGUUGACAGGCGACGUCUGGGGGUGUUAGAGGCUCACAGUUAGCCAGGGCGUUAGCCACACUCACACGGCCGCUGUACUGUCCAUCAAUCCUGACGGAGCUCUCUGCUAACCGAGGUGUCUUCUUCUCUUCUCCACAUCUCCCGAUUUCAGUUCAGGAUAAUUGGAGGUAGAGGAAUGCAAAUCUGCAACCAUGAUGGAAGGAUUGAAAAAACGUACCAGGAAGGCCUUUGGUAUACGGAAGAAAGAGAAAGACAGUGACUCUGCGGGGUCCCCAGACAGAGAGGGAGGUGAAACCCAAGAGAUUGAAUCGUCUCAAAGAAAGACCAAUGGCGCUCCAAAUGGAUUCUAUGGAGAAAUUGACUGGGACAGAUAUAACUCCCCUGAAUUGGAUGAAGAGGGUUAUAGCAUCAGACCUGAAGAUGAGACUGACAAGCCAAAUUGCCCUAAGUCACAUUUCUUCUCCUCUGAUGAGUCAGAAGAAGAGGAGGACCACAGGAAGAAGUUCAAAAUUAAGAUUAAACCCCUCCCGGCCGAUCAAGUUGUGGCAGUGCCCUCGUUUGAAGAGCUCAAAGCCUCCAUAGGCAACAUUUCUCUAUCCCCAUCUCCUCUGAGACGUAGCCCGGGGUUGAAAAGUAACACCUCCUGUAAAGAGAUCGUCAGACCACGACGUGUUGUUCCUUCCGUGCCUACUACGGCCCCCACACCAGCUCCUGCACCACCAGCCCCCAGCAGUAGUCAAAAUACACCAGCCCCGGAAGACACCACAGAUUUGUUUGGACCUCCUUUGGAAACAGCCUUUGGAGAACAGAAAGUAGAAGUGGUUCUGUCUGAGACUGAUGUGUGGGGGGCUUCACUGUCAGAGUCCUCAAGACCCUUCCCCACAGGAACUCCACCUCCACUUCCACCCAAGAAUGUCCCAACAUCUCCCUUGGCAAAUGCCCCUGCUUCCUCAGAUAACACUGAUGCUUCAGCAGAAGCAGAAAACUCUUCAAGAAAGCCAUCCAUUGCUGACGUGGAUAACUUAUUUGGACCAGAGCAGUCUCCCCCAGCAAAUGAGGAUGCCAGUGACACAUGGGUCUGCUUCACUGAAAAGUCUCCUGACCGGCCACCUCUACCAAAGGAACCUGCACCUUCACAUCCCUCUUCCCCACCCCUCGAGGAAGCAGCGCCUCCGUUACCCGCCUCUCCCCCACCACCGGAAUCUCCUGCCCCACCAUUACCUAUGUCACCACCUCCUUCCGACGACACUUCAUCACAUCUGCCUAAGUCUCCUUCUACAAAAGAAGUUCUCAGUGCUUCUUUACCCACUUCCCCACCUCCCUCGGAGGAGCCUGCUGCACCUUCUAUCCCUUCUGGGCGUUCUACACCUGAUGACCGAAAUCCGCUCUCUCCAGCCACUUCCUCACUUUCUUCACCCAAGGAGCUUGCCUUUUCACUCGCUUCCACUCAUCCUCCUGUUGAUUCACAUACCAGCAUCACAGCAACUCCCAAACCUAGCACGCCUCCAGCGGUGAAGUCACCUGCUGAGGAAACAGCAACAUGCUCCAUUCCACCAAUCCAGUCAAAGAAUAUAGAUGCCACCCAACCUAAAGAGAAUGAAGGUGAAAUUUCCACCUCGCCCAAAGAUGCAAGCCAGGGCAACCGAAGUACACCUCCACCACCCCCUCCUCCUACGUACCGGGCAGUGGUGUCAUCACCCGGUCCAACAUCAGGAGCUGGGGGGACGAAAAGUGGUUCUUCUUCUCCUGUACGACCUGCCACUCCUUCAGCAGUCAACCCCACUCCACCUCCUCCUCCGCCCCGCCCCCCUUCCAGACCCAAACUUCCUCCUGGAAAACCAUCUGUAGGAGAUACUAAUCGACCAUUUAGUCCACCAGUCCAUGCAGCCAGCCCCCCUCCCAUUGCUCCUUUGGCACGUGCGGAGAGCACCUCCUCCAUCUCCUCAACCAACUCCCUCAGUGCUGCCACCACUCCCACUGUCAGCAAAGACCUCUCCGUGUCAGAAGAUGAUGCUUAUGUAGACAAGCUGCCUUCCUUUGGGAGACAUUUUGAUUCAUUUGCAGAGAAUGACCAGCCAUCCCUUGUAUGGUUUGACAGAGGGAAGUUUUAUUUAACCUUUGAAGGCUGCUCCAGAGGGCCAAGUCCUCUCACCAUGGGGGCUCAGGACACACUCCCUGUGGCUGCUGCAUUCACCGAGACGGUCAAUGCCUUCUUUAAAGGGGCCGACCCCAGCAAAUGUGUUGUGAAGAUCAUAGGUGAGAUGGUUUUGUCGUUUCCAGCGGGAAUCACACGGCACUUUGCCAAUAACCCGUCCCCCGCUGUGCUAACCUUCAGCAUAACCAACUACAGUCGACUGGAGCAUGUGCUGCCUAACCCCCAGCUGCUCUGCUGUGACACCAGUACACAAGCCAAGGCUGAUGCCAAGGACUUUUGGGUGAACAUGCCAAACCUGAUAGCUCAUCUAAAGAAGGUGUCUGAACAGAAGCCACAAGCAACAUACUAUAAUGUCGACAUGCUGAAAUAUCAGGUAUCAGUGCAGGGCCCCGUGUCCACUCCUCUAAAUCUUGCAGUGAGCUGGAGGUGUGAGCCGACCAGCACUGACCUGAGGAUAGACUACAAAUAUAACGGCGAGGCCAUGUCAACGCCAAUGGCACUUAAUAAUGUCCAAUUUCUUGUCCCAGUUGAUGGAGGCGUUUCCAAACUACAAGCUGUGUUACCUCCUGCUGCAUGGAAUGCAGAGCAGCAAAGAAUCCUCUGGAAGAUACCAGAUAUCUCACAGAAAUCAGAUAAUGGAGGUGUAGGAUCUUUGUUAGCCCGCUUCCAGCUAACAGAAGGCCCAAGUAAACCAGCUCCAUUGGCUGUGCAGUUCACUAGUGAAGGCAGUACCCUGUCAGGCUGUGAUAUUGAACUGGCUGGGCCUGGGUAUCGCUUCUCACUUAUCAAGAAAAGGUUUGCUGCUGGAAAGUACCUGGCAGACAACUAACCUAAGAAGCGCACUGAUGAACAAACAAGUCCAGUGGACGGAGGAUGACAGAGAGGACAGACCAACAUUCUCCCUUCGCCUUCGACUGAGCGCAGGACCACCUCGUACCUACCCAGCAGUAUUGUAAAACCUUCAUUUUGCAUUGUGGAACAGUUUGAAGUCACGUAAUAAUGGUAUUUGUAUCCGUUUCAUAACAUCUCAAUUGCUGCCGUUCUCACUCCUGAACUCUUUCCUCUCUCUUUUUUUUAAAAGUCUGUGCCUCUGGUCAAAGGGUGGUAAUACUUCACUGCAGCUGCCUGACCAGCCAGGUCCAGCCAUGUUCUACUUCAAAUGUAGUGCUGUUUGCUGUGUACAAACUUGAACUUCAAAAAGUAGGCAGUAAAAAUGAUUUUCCUGGGUGUUAUUUGGAGUCCGAACUCAGUCGGAGUCAUAUAUUAGCACAUAACAAAGUUGUCAGUGCUAAAAUACUGGACUAGGUGGGGAGCUGCUGUCUUCCACUGAUGUUUGCAUCAGCUGUCCAGUCAGUGCUUGUGUUAAACACACAAACUACAAAAAACUCAAUAUGCUUUCCUGACUCAUCCACUGGUUCGACAGGGUCUUACCACCUUUGGAUCACACCGAUGUAUUCUUUUUCUAAUAUGAAAGCACUGAGCAGGCGUUGUAACUGCUGUUGUACAAGUAUUACUUUGCAAUCGUGGUGAUAUUCUCAGGCGGUAGGCAGCUGCAAUGAUGAACACGUCUACUGGUAGUGAAAUAAGACCAAUGGGUUGUCCAUUAAGAUGAACUAAGUGUACAAAGUGUCAUUUUAAAUCAAUAAUAUAUAUAUAUAUAUAUAUCUUAAAGGGCGUUUGGUGUUCUCCUUGUAUUGUCGGAUAGCCUUUCUGUUGUCGUCCAGGACAGCAGCGUUAACUCCAGAUAACAUGACAGCAUACAAAAUAUUUUUUUUUAUUAAGGACAUGAUUUGUUGUAUAAAAUGUGAUUCUGUAUAUGAAUAGAAUUUAAAUGGCAUCACACAACUCUGAACCCUAAAAGGUAGACGGUAAAUAUUUCCUUUUUUUUUUUAUUUUGGUUAUCUGUGUAGUCGAGUAACGUGUACAGUACAACGUCUAAUUUUUGAAUUUUUUUCAGAUAUAAUUUUUUAAUUCAAGUGCAACAGAAGUUUUGAGCUAUAUAUAAAUAUAUAUACGGGUGGGGUCGGGUAACUUAAAAAGAUAAAUAUCAUCCUGGAUGCUGUGUUUUGCUUUGUGAAAGCAGUGUUAUUGUAGACUUCGGUUAACAAUUGGGCAAGUUCCACACUGAAAUACAAAUGUACUUUCAUGCCGGAAGUUAGCUGAGUGCAUCCGUGCCAUUUUUUUUUUGGCUGUGCUACCUGUCAAUCAAUCACUAAUCCAUUCAUAUAAGAUGUUAUGACGGCACAGUAGAUCCCCGCCGCUUCGCGGUGUGGCAUUCGCACCCCUACGUUUCUCCGCUUUAAAUUGUAAGUAAUUACUUUUUUUAUGGGGACGUCAAUAAAAAGUGGUUUGGUGGCGCUCUCUGCAGGGGGGGGGGAAGUGCUGCAGUUAUGCAACCUGCAGAGGGCGCUGCCUCACACGUCAGUUCACUCAACAUUUUCUAACUGGAAGAUGCUUUGACGAGAUGUGAUGUGUUUAAUACCAGUGAGAAGCAUAUUGUAGGGUUUAGAGCGUGGGGGGGGCCAUUUGCGGCCCUUGACUUGUUUAUUAUUGGCCCGGGGCAGGCCGUAGAAAUAAGUUAAACACUUAAAAAAAAAAAAACAGCAAAAAAAGGGGGAGAAAUAGAGCAAAAAGAGAUAAUGGGAGGGUUUUUUAUAAUAUGUAUGCUGGAAAUAUAUAAAAAUAUCAAAGUGGCCCCGAACAUCCUUUGAUUUUUCUGUAUGUGGCCUUUGUGGAGGUGUCCAAACUUUUCCCAUCGAGGCUCGCAUACUGAAAAAUGAAAGAAUACAAGGGCCGUUUUGAUAUUUGGUAAACCAAUACAUGUAGACAAUGCCAAGAAGUUAUUUAAAGAAAAACGGCAUCUCAGCUUCGUGAUACAAGUGAAAAUUGUCUUUGCUCUUUUUUUUCUUUUUUUUUAUACUGUUUUUGUUAAAAAAAAAAAAAUGUCCAAAUACUUAAACUUUCCUCAUAAAUUUUCUUAUAAUAUUUUGACUUUCUUCCUAUUAUAUUCUAACUUUUCCCCAACCUAAUUUUCCAAAAGUUACACUUUAUUUUGUUUUGUUUGUACGGCUUUAAAAAAAAAUAACAUUUUUCUGUAAUAUUUCAACUUAAUGCUAGUAAAAUGCCAUUAUUUUUCCUUCUAACAUUUAACUUUUUUUGACAAUUUUUUUCACUUAAUAUGAAAAUAAAUAAUAGUACAAUCAAAUAUUCACUUAAUAUACUUUCAUUCUUGUAAAAUUACUGCAGAUUUUUCCAUUUUUUUCCAUUAGUGUCUUUAUUAUUAAAUUAUAUUUUAUGUAAAUUGUAUAUUAUAUAUAAUUCUAUGUUAUUUAUAUAUUUUAUUAUCUUUUUAGAAUGUGCCGGAGGCCAAUUAAAAAACAGUUGUGGGCUACAAAUGGCCCUUGGGCUGCACUUUGGCCACCCCAGCUUAGAGUAUCAAAAAGGUAUUGGGGGGCUUUUUAUGGGUGCGUCCAUUAUUUGCGUAAUUCCGUGGGAGGGCUUGGAAUGUAACAGCCACCGGUAGUGGUGAUCUACUCUACUGACUUCUAUCAAUAGCGUAAGGGUGUCUUUCCUCUGAAAGUUUCAAAAUAAAGUUCAUGAACUUGACCCAUGUGACGAUUCGAGCCUCUCUCCACUUUCACCUUGCUUCCUUGUCCAAAUAUGACUCCCCAAAUUCCAUUCCAGGCAUCACCCUGGUCCUCCAACCAGUGCUUGAAUCCAUAGCUUUAUUUUACAUCAUUGUAAUGGUCUCUGUGAGAUGACACGAUGAGGUUGUGGAGCGAGGCUAAGUUGACCAAAAGGCUUUUGUGUGUGUGUGUGUUUGUGUGUGUGAGUUUGUGUCUAUACCCCAGUGAAUGAGAAUAAGCUGAAUAUUUUUCAAACUGAUGAAAAAAAAAACCAUAUUUUAUUGUUAAUUGUGGGGAAAAACAACGUGCUGAUGUAUAUUUUCCCGGAUACUCUUUGAGACUUCAUGCAGACGGGACAUUUGGAUGUCACCCGAGCACCCCUGGUACUGUCUUGUCAAUAUUGUGUUCAAUAAAUCCAAACAUAGUCUUGUAAGGUCUGCUGUAGAACCAUCUUAAACUGGGUUUAGAGCAAGAAAGCCAUUAUCCCUUCCUUUUAGUGUUCCCCAUCACAGAUGCAAAUCCAACCCUGGGCUGUUCUGUAGUGCAGUGCCGAGUCCAGUUAAUUGGUUCAUGUGGUCAGUCUGUUAACACUUCCUGUCUUUGCCAGAGCUGACAGGAAGUUGGAACCUGUUUUGCAAAUAUGAAAACGAAUGAAUGCAACAGUCACGACAGCAUUACUUAAUUACUAAAUUAACAUCGGAACACAGGUUACCACUCACCUCUGGCCUCCCGUCUUUUAAUAUCAAAACGGGACAAACUUUUCCAGAGGCUCAUUUCUGUGGUGAAUGUGUCCUGCAGUAAUUCAUGUUUGCUUGUAGAGCAUGCAGAAAAAGCAGGGGGGGCCUUUCCUUAACCUUUACUUGAUGUGCUGUGCUAUGUACUCACUCACCUGUAUUGAUGUUGACCAGAGCAACAGUCUGUUUUUCUCUGCGCUGUGAGUAAGACGGCUUGAACAUCAAACACGUGCAAGAUCAAUGCUAAAAUGGAUUGACAAAACUUAGUUUGCUUCCUUCCAAAUCCAAUAAAAUUGACUAAAACUACAUAUAAAUACCCAUGUUUGUCUUGAUUGUAUGCAUCUCCCAUUAAUUCAUGUGUCGUCCUAUACAAGCUUGGAGAUACUUAGCCAUGCUGUUGAAUGAAAAGGUGCGUCUGACCUUUUGACUGGUAGUGUAUGUAAAGACAUUGUACGCUUAGAAUAGUAUGACACAAGAAUGGUAACGGUAAAUGUUCUUUCACUUGUAGAGCGCUUUUCCACCGCCAAGGCACUCAAAACGCUUAGUUAGCGUUUUUCCAUAAAUAUUUUUUUCAACCUUCAAACGUUAUGGUAUUCUUUUUCCCGAUAAUGAUAGGUAGGUGGCUGGAUGACCUGGCCGUUAAUCCUCAAAAAAGCUAAGUUCAAAGAUCAGUUCUCGAAUUUGUUGUCCCUCUUAUGAGGCAUCCUUCAAACUAUCAAAAAGUAAUACCCCCCCAAAAAUUGUAUUUGUUUAAAUAUAUUUCCAUCCAUCCAUUUUCUAUACCGCUUCUUCCUCAUUAGGGUCGCGGGGGCAUGCUGGAGCCUAUCCCAGCUGACUUCGGGCGACACCCUGGACUGGUCGCCAGCCAAUCGCAGGGCACAUAUAGACAAACAACCAUUCACACUCACAUUCAUACCUAUGGACAAUUUAGAGUCGCCAGUUAACCUCACCUGCAUGUUUUUGGGAAUGUCAGGAAGCCGGAGUACCCGGAGAAAACCCACGCGCACACGGGGAGAACAUGCAAACUCCACACAGAAAUGCCCAGGGGAGAAUCGGACCCAGGUCUUCCCGAUCUCCAGGCUGUUCCUGUAUCGGCCAACGUGCUAACCACUAGAUAUUUUUUUAUUUUGUAAAAAUAACAAAUAAAAAAAAUAACAAAAAAAAUGCUAAAAAAAAAAAAAAAACUUUUUAAAAAGGACAACGUUUUGUUAGUCUCAGUAG